CAUUCAUGCAUCAUCCUUUUCAAUUUGUUAGGACCUUUGUGCUUAAUUAAGUUGAACACUCGGCUGCCUUGAGGCUCUCUCCACCCAACCCAUUUUGGAGACUUUCCGCCUCCGCCGUCUCUCAUCCUCCCACUUUCCAUCCACGGAUCAAAUUCAUUGGGACUGGUCAUUACCGGAGUCCGACGAACGAACGGAGUUGGAUUUAUAUCGGAAAAAAGAUGUGGCGGUGUGUCGCUCGCGGCCUUCGCGUUCCUUCUUCUUCUUCUGGCAAGCGAUCGAUCUCUAAGGACUCGCUUAGAUCUCACAUUACCAGAUUCUUCUCAACCAGCCCGACUUCUUCAUAUACAAUUGUUGAUCAUACCUAUGACGCGGUUGUGGUCGGAGCUGGUGGCGCAGGGUUGAGAGCAGCCAUCGGUUUGUCAGAGCAUGGUUUUAACACAGCUUGCAUUACAAAGCUUUUCCCUACCCGGUCGCACACAGUUGCAGCUCAGGGUGGUAUCAAUGCCGCUCUUGGGAAUAUGAGCGAGGAUGAUUGGAGAUGGCACAUGUAUGACACUGUCAAGGGCAGUGACUGGUUAGGUGAUCAAGAUGCCAUUCAGUACAUGUGUCGUGAAGCACCAAAAGCUGUCAUUGAACUUGAGAACUAUGGGCUACCUUUCUCUCGUACAGAGGACGGGAAAAUCUAUCAGCGAGCGUUUGGUGGUCAAAGUUUAGAUUUUGGAAAAGGCGGACAAGCCUACCGUUGUGCUUGUGCUGCUGACCGAACUGGGCAUGCUCUUCUGCAUACUCUCUAUGGCCAAGCAAUGAAACACAAUACUCAGUUCUUUGUGGAAUAUUUUGCUUUGGACUUGUUGAUGAGUAGUGAUGGAACCUGUCAAGGUGUAAUUGCCCUUAAUAUGGAGGAUGGGACAUUACAUCGUUUCCGUUCCUCUUCAACUAUUCUUGCCACCGGGGGCUAUGGUAGAGCAUACUUCUCUGCGACCUCAGCUCAUACAUGCACCGGAGAUGGCAAUGCCAUGGUUGCGAGAGCUGGACUUCCUCUUCAGGAUCUGGAGUUUGUGCAGUUCCACCCUACUGGCAUAUAUGGAGCUGGAUGCCUUAUUACCGAAGGAUCUCGUGGUGAGGGUGGUAUCCUUAGGAACAGUGAAGGGGAAAGAUUCAUGGAAAGGUAUGCCCCUACUGCUAAGGAUCUUGCUUCAAGAGAUGUUGUUUCAAGAUCCAUGACCAUGGAAAUUCGGGAGGGCCGUGGCGUAGGACCAUUGAAGGACCAUAUCUUUCUGCAUUUAAAUCAUUUGCCACCAGAAGUACUCAAGGAAAGGCUUCCUGGUAUCUCUGAAACUGCUGCAAUCUUUGCUGGAGUAGAUGUUACAAAGGAACCAAUCCCUGUGCUUCCUACUGUUCAUUAUAACAUGGGCGGAAUUCCCACAAAUUAUCAUGGAGAGGUGGUUACUGUGAAAGGCAACGAUGCAGAUGCUGUAAUCCCCGGUUUAAUGGCUGCUGGAGAGGCAGCAUGUGCAUCUGUUCAUGGGGCAAACCGACUUGGUGCAAAUUCUCUUCUUGAUAUUGUUGUUUUUGGUCGUGCUUGUGCCAACAGAGUGGCGGAGAUCCAUACACCAGGGGAGAAACAGAAGCCUUUGGAAGCAGAUGCUGGAGAGAGGACUGUUGCGUGGCUUGACAAGAUUAGAAAUUCGAAUGGAUCACUUCCAACUUCCAAAAUUCGGUUAAAUAUGCAGAGAGUGAUGCAAAAUAAUGCUGCAGUCUUCCGUACACAGGAAACUCUGGAAGAAGGUUGCCAGCUGAUUGACAAAGCCUGGGAUAGUUUCCAUGAUGUUCAGCUGCAAGAUAGAAGUUUGAUAUGGAACUCUGACUUGAUUGAGACGAUAGAACUGGAAAACCUCCUGAUCAAUGCGUGCAUCACAAUGCAUUCUGCCGAAGCUCGGAAAGAGAGCAGAGGAGCACAUGCUCGCGAGGACUUCACUAAAAGAGACGACGAGAAGUGGAUGAAGCAUACUUUGGGAUACUGGGAAAACGAGAAAGUGCGGCUCGAAUACAGGCCAGUACACAUGAACACAUUAGACGACGAGGUGGAAACGUUCCCACCUAAAGCUCGCGUGUAUUGAUCAUAUAGAUAGUUUCUUUUGCCCGAGUGAGACUUCGGAAUGAAUGGCCGUUUUACUGGAGUGGCCAACAAAGCAUUGCAAUAAACCCCCCCAGGACGCCAAUAAAUGAUAGGACAUGCUGCAAUAAUUUGUUUGUACUAGGAAUAGCUUCUUUGGCAAGAAAAAAGAUUGGUUGGGUUCAUUCGUCUGGAGAUUACAGCAACGUCUAGGAUCAGAUUUGGUAAAAAGGAUUCGACAAUGUAAGUUUUUAAAAGUUCGUUGUUAGCUUGGUCCCCCGAAAUGCGGGGUGAUUGUUGAUUGUUGUUUACGUUUCUUUCCUUUGUUUCCAAGUCUCUAGCUGCGCAUAAGCUGCAAAAUGUGUGUCGAGCAUGAAUCCAUCGCUUCAUUAUACGUUUAGAUCAGUAUUUGUAUCAGUUUUCAUUCUUAAUGCACUCUUAGCUUUGGACUGUACUCGACCUAGUUCCACAAAUUUUCAUGGAUGUUUCUCCAAACUCCAAAGGGUAAAUCUCAAAUAUCAACUAAUGCUCAAAAUCGAUCACAAUUCAGA